GGCGUGUUUGUACUUUUGCAGCAGGGCAGCGAUGGCGUUCGAGCUCCUCGGCUGGUCACCCAGCUCCACUUCACCAGCUGGCCAGACUUCGGGGUGCCGUUCACGCCGAUCGGAAUGCUAAAAUUCCUGAAGAAGGUCAAGGCUGUCAAUCCGUCAUAUGCUGGGCCUAUUGUUGUCCACUGCAGCGCCGGAGUCGGGAGGACGGGGACGUUCAUUGUCAUUGACAGCAUGAUCGACAUGAUGCACAUGGAGCAGCGAGUGGACGUCUUCGGCUUUGUGAGCAGAAUACGAGAGCAGCGCUGUCAACUCAUCCAGACAGACAUGCAGUACUCCUUUAUCUACCAGGCUCUGUUGGAGUACUAUCUGUACGGAGACACUGAGCUAGAUGUGUGCUCUCUGGAGGGCCAUCUGCAAAGGCUUCACAACACCAGGGCCCCCCACGACAGGCUGGGCCUGGAGGAGGAAUUCAGGAAGCUGACCAACGUUCGCAUUAUGAAGGAGAACAUGAGAACCGGGAACCUUCCAGCCAACAUGAGGAAGAACCGCGUGCUUCAGAUCAUCCCGUAUGAUUUCAACCGAGUAAUACUCUCAGUGAAAAGAGGACAGGAGUUCACCGACUACAUCAAUGCCUCCUUUAUUGAUGGCUACAGGCAGAAGGACUAUUUUAUCGCAACCCAGGGCCCCCUGUCUCACACUGUGGAGGACUUCUGGAGGAUGGUGUGGGAGUGGAGGUGUCACUCAAUCGUUAUGCUCACCGAACUCAAAGAAAGAGAGCAGGAAAAGUGUUUCCAGUAUUGGCCAUCAGAGGGCAGUAUAACAUUUGGAGACUACACAGUGGAGCUGAAACUGGAAACACGGGGUGAAACCUUCACGCGCAGAGAUAUGGUUCUCUCCAACAAGCCAGAAAAACAGUCGCAACACGUCCGACACUUCCACUUCCACGGAUGGCCCGAGAUCGGAAUACCAGGAGAGGGAAGGGGGAUGAUUGACAUUAUUGCUGCUGUGCAGAGGCAGCAGCAGCAGUCUGGAAACCGUCCCAUAGUUGUACACUGCAGCGCCGGCGCGGGACGGACUGGCACCUUUAUUGCACUCAGCAACAUUCUGGAAAGAGUAAAAGCCGAAGGCCUCCUGGACGUAUUUCAGACAGUCAAGAGUUUACGCAUGCAAAGACCACACAUGGUUCAGACCGUGGAGCAAUAUGACUUCUGCUACAGAGUGGUCCAGGAUUUUAUCGACAUUUUCUCAGACUAUGCCAAUUUUAAAUAGGUCACUUUGUAUAUACAUCAGCCAAAUAAAAGUCUGCUUUGUUUUUUUCUUAAUGUUGAUUUGUAUAGCUUUUUACAUUUUACACUUGGCAUAACAGAACUAAUGAAAGUGUUGGGAGACCUUUUGGCACAGGAGAGCUGCAGACUCUCGAAAACAAGUGAUCUAAUCUGAACAGAUUAGGUUUUCUGAAUGAACUUGUGUGCUACUGUUGUAACAAUUUAUAAGCAAAAAAUAAGUACGUUUAUUGUGUAAAUAUUAUUUGUGCUCAACGAGAAACAGAAAACUCCAUAUAUACGUUUAUUUCUGCUCACUUUCAGUCUGGGAUUCACUUAACAGCUGCUGUCUGCUGCAAUUAGAUUCAGCCUCACUAACUAACUUCUGUUUUGCCUGUGGCGAUAAAUAUUAGUGGAUUGGUGCCUGACUUGGCAACAUGCAAUUAGCUUGUAUUGGAACGGGCAGGAAGUAAUGCGUUAUAUCAAGAAUAAUCCAGAUGCACCAUCCUAGCCGAGCGUCACGUUCUGCUUUUAAGAGAAUAGUUUUUUAUAUAUCGUAUCGAACCAGGUUUAAAUGCUUCCAUCUUGUGUAAAUCGGUGCCAUUUUGAUUAGACAAAGUUCUGAUCUUGAGAAACUUGUCACAAAGUGACACAAAUUAAAUUAUGUUAAGACGGUUGUUUGCAAUAUCUUUUAGAUUUUUUUUUUAUGUAACAUAUAUUUUGAAGAAGCAUUUCACGUAUAGAUUAGGGAAUAAUAAUAAAAUGUCCAAUACAUUAAUCUGUUUUCUACACCUACCUCGUCAUAUUUAGGUUUCUGACACAGAAGCUACUUUCCAUUGAUUAAAAGGUUUGAGGCGAGGUAAACCCUGCAUGGUUCUGUAGUUUAUCAGAAGGACAAGACUAAUAAAGAUAAGGAAUAAUCAUUUUAAAAUGACAAUUAUCUGACAUUAAUGUUCUGUAGACUGUGGCAGGAAACUAGAGUCAGGAUUCCUACAACACCUUCAAGUAUGAACAAAUUAAAAAUAGACUCUGGGAACAGAUUUACUGUAAGCAGCAGAGGUUCUUGCAUGAGUGGCACCCUGGGUGAGCUCUACUUUUGGCACCAAAAAGACACUUUUCACCAGAAAAGACCGUUCACUUCUAGCCUCAAUAUAAUUACAAUUGUUAAACAUGCAACUUGAAUGCAAACAUUUUUGGGUUUGAAGUAAACCUCAAUUUGUUUGUUUGAUGUGAAGAACGUUUUUGUGUUAACUAAUUUAAAAGAUGUAAUGACAGCAACAUUGAGUCAUACAGCUCACAGUCGCUAAUAUCUCGGGAUCCACUGGCGUAUAGUCCAUUCUCCUCUACAUUUAAUUUGUGUCACUCCUGCUAUUGUUAUUCAAAGUCAAACUUUAUCAGUUUAGCUUUAAAUAAAAACCGGUUGCCCGUGAAAAUGAGACCUCACCUCAUAUCUCGGUAAGAUUUACCCGAAUAAAUAAAGGUGGAAUAACAAAAGUACACGUAUAUGUUUCAAGAACAUUAAUAUUAUUUUGGUUUUAUUCUGUAAACGACUUUGAACAUUUCUCCUAAAUUCCUAAUAUAAAUAUCGGCACAUUUGGCAUAUUUUGCAUAGUUAAACUAAUAGUCAAAAUGAUACAUGCAAAGUUGUUUCUUGCUUGAAAUUCUGCAGAGCAAACAAGUAACAGACUAAUUUUAAAACAAACCAAAACUAAUAUUUCAACUUAGGAAAAAUUCUUGGAAUUAACAAUAACUCUGAUAUUUAAUCACAGCUUUGUCCAUCAGGCUUCCGAGUCGAUUUUGGGUCGCAGUAAUCGAUGAAUCAGUGCCUCAGCAGGUGAAAUCGUGUGUUCAUCCAGCAGACGGAUGCAGAUGUCAGAAAAAAAAAUCUCCAGCGAUCUCCAAAUUCUUUUUCUGUGAAAUAUUAUCUACACAUAUGGUACAUUAAAUCAACCAAAACAAACAAAUGUAUGAUCGCCUUAACUCGGGUUAAUUAGUUAACUUGGAAAAUACAAAAAUAAAAUGGUAUGUGUGUCAUUUUUCUGACUUCGAAUUCUUGAAAAACGAAAAUCACAUGAAACGUUUGGACUUGAGAUGUCAAAGAUGAUAAAAAUUAAUUGAGAUAUUUUU